AAAAUGCCAAGAGGAUUAUGGAAGAAAACAAAACAGUAUGUUUUAGACACGUUUCGGGAAGAAGACCCAGAAGAAUACUUCAAGUAUAAAACAAAGUCAGCGCAUGGGCUAAGUCAGGAUGAAUUGGAAUUUAUGCAGGCUAUUAAGUCACAUUCAAUACAGAAAGUCCGAACACUUCUUAACAGAGGCGUUGACCCGAAUUUCUUCAAAAAACCUGGCAAUAGACAAACACCUUUACACCUGGCUGUGGAAGGAGCCGCAGCCUGUGACAAGAUUGUGGGUGUUUUAUUGUUCUUUGGUGCCAACCCCAACGCCCAGGACAAUGUGGGCUGCUCACCCCUGCACACUGCGUGUCUCCACGGAAACGCCACAGCCGUGGAGCUGCUGGUCCAAGCUGGCGCGGACGUCAACCUAACAGACAACUACCUGGAAACACCUUUGAUGACGGCAUGUAAAGUAGCCCAUAACAGUACAUGUGACAUUGUUGAUCUCCUCUUAGAGGCCGGGGCCAUUGUCUCCUGCACCAAUGAAAGAAAACAGUCAGUGUUGCACAUUCUCACCUGUGCCAACCCCCUGGCAACCCGCACUGAGGUGUGGAUGAUGGAGGACAGGUUUGUAUUGGAGGAGAAGGUGCUGAACCGUGGCUUCAGGCAUGUUCUGGUGGAGAAGAUUUUAAGGCACGGCUUGUCUGCCAACAUUGAGGAUUCACAAGGUAAGGCUUGUUUGCUAGCUUCAGGCAUGUCCUGGUGGAGAAGAUUUUAAGGCACGGCUUGUCUGCCAACA